ACAACAGGAGAUGCCACCCGUUCUCACCGGACUCAGGCUGAGAAAAAGCUUGUGAGAAAACUUGAUGACAUCACUCUGAUCCUUGCUCAGACCUAUUGCUGUGCCGGCUACUUCUUCAACUAUCUUGACCGUCAAUCAUUCGCAAACGCAUACGUCUCGGGCCUCCGUGAAGACUUGGGACUCGUCGCCAACGAGUACAGCAUUUUGUUGUCCAUGUGGACCGCAGGUAGUGUUGUUGGCGGCAUCCCCCACUCUUUGAUCAUCCAAAAGGUCGCACCUCGUAUUUGGCUUCCAUUGACUAUGAUUCUCUGGUCAGGUGUCACGAUGUGUCUCGGCGCUUGCAAAAAUUUUGCUGGGCUAGCUGCAGCUCGCUUCUUCCAAGGUUUGCUUGAAGCAAGUGUCUAUGGAGGUAGCAUGUAUGUCUUUGGUUCAUGGUACACUCCCUCGGAACUGUCCAAGAGAGCAGCGAUUUUCACUGCUGUCGGACAAGUUGGCAGUCUGUUCUCUGGCCUUAUGAUGACAGCUAUGAAUAAGUCUUUGCAUGGCAAUGCUGGUCUUACUGGAUAUCAGUGGGUGUUCAUCAUCAAUGGCUUGAUGGCAGUCCCUUUCUGCAUUUUUGGUUUCCUCUUUNUCCCUGAUCUGCCUGAGACUACAAAGGCUUCCUACCUUACCAAGGAAGAAAUUCAACUGGCUCACGACAGACUCGGACCCAGGAAAGAGAAUAGCCACAGUAUUCACUGGAGAACAUUGAUCCCGAGAGUGCUCAAGACGCCACACAUCUACCUCAUGGCCUCCUUGUCUGUUGUCUCGGGUAUGCUCGAAGCCUUUGCCUUCCAAGGCAUGUUCCUUCUGUGGAUGAAGUACAACAAANAGAGAUUCAGCCAGACUGCUAUCACGACAUAUCCCCUUGGCAUCCAGGCAGUCGCGAUCGUAUCUCAGAUCGGUGCGGGCAUGUUCAUCGACAGAACUGGGCAGAGAAUGCCAAUGGUCGUUCUGGCUUCUGCAAUCCAGCUUGUCACAGCUAUCCUUCUCUUGCAACCUCACCUCUCGGAUGGUGGUGUGUUUGCUGCACACUAUCUCAGUGGUACUUCAUUCAUCGUUAAUCCUGUCAUGUAUGGCUGGGCCAACUCGAUUUUGCAGCGAGUGGGUGAUGACGCUGUUCGUUCAGUAACUCUCUACACCAUGGCAUUGAGUGGUCAGACUCUAUACACUUUCUGGGGCCUUGUAUUAUAUCCGGCAACGGAUGUUCCGCACUGGAAGAAGGGCGCUAUCACCAUGGUCGUUGUUUGUUUCGCGUAUGUUGCUAUUGGCUUUGCUGUCAAGAAGCUUGACGACAAGACGAGGCCGACCAUGUCGGAAGUCACUGGCGAAGAAGCAUCCGAGGAAGUUGUCCUGGAGAACCAAAUGACGAAAGUCGGA